AUGACCAAAACCGAGCAGAAUGCCUGCCUGAUCGUCAUUGAUGGCUGGGGUAUCCCCUCCGCGGAAUCCCCAAAGGACGGCGAUGCCAUUGCCGCCGCUAAGACCCCCGUGAUGGACGAGUUCUCCAAGAGCGCAACCGGAUUCACAGAGUUGGAAGCUUCAUCUCUCGCCGUCGGUCUGCCUGAGGGCCUGAUGGGCAACUCUGAGGUUGGCCAUUUGAACAUUGGUGCUGGGCGUGUGGUGUGGCAAGACGUUGUGCGCAUCGACCAGACAAUCAAGAAUGGCGAACUUAGCAAGAACGACGUUAUCAAGAAGACUCUAGAGUCGGCCAAGAAUGGAAACGGAAGACUGCACCUUGCCGGUCUGAUCUCUCAUGGUGGUGUGCACUCGAAACAGGAGCAUUUGUAUGCUCUCCUCAAGGCCGCCAAGGAAGCUGGUGUGCCCAAGGUCUUCAUCCACUUCUUCGGAGACGGCCGUGAUACUGAUCCGAAGUCUGGUGCCGGAUACAUGCAGGAGCUCCUGGACACCAUCAAGGAGAUUGGUAUUGGUCAAUUGGCCACUGUGGUCGGCCGCUACUAUGCUAUGGACCGUGACAAGAGAUGGGACAGAGUCGAGCUUGCCCUCAAGGGCUUGGUUCUUGGAGAGGGCGAGGAGAGCACGGACCCGGUGGCGACUGUCAAGGAACGAUACGAGAAGGGGGAGAAUGACGAGUUCCUCAAGCCCAUCAUCGUGGGUGGGGAUGAAGCCCGUAUCAAGGAUGAUGACACCGUCUUCUUCUUCAACUAUCGAUCUGAUCGUGUCCGCCAAAUCACACAGCUGCUUGGAGGCGUUGAUCGCUCACCAAAGCCCGACUUCCCUUACCCCAAGAUCAACCUCGUCACCAUGACGCAGUACAAGCUCGACUACCCCUUCGAGAUUGCCUUCAAGCCUCAGCACAUGGGUAAUGUCCUUGCAGAGUGGCUAGGCAAGCAAAAUGUCGAGCAGGUCCAUAUUGCUGAGACUGAGAAAUAUGCCCAUGUCACAUUCUUCUUCAACGGAGGUGUUGAGAAGGUUUUCCCUCUCGAGACCCGUGACGAGAAGCAAGAUCUAGUGCCGUCAAACAAGAGUGUUGCGACCUACGACAAGGCACCGGAAAUGAGCGCCGAUGGUGUGGCUAACCAGGUCGCUAAGCGUCUGGCGGAGCACAAGUUCCCUUUCGUGAUGAAUAACUUUGCUCCCCCAGAUAUGGUCGGCCAUACUGGCGUGUACGAGGCCGCCAUUGUCGGCUGCGAGGCCACUGACAAGGCCAUUGGCAAGAUCUGGGAGGCUUGCAAGAAGGAGGGCUACAUCCUAUUCAUCACCGCCGACCACGGCAAUGCCGAGGAGAUGAAGUUCCCUGACGGCAAGCCCAAGACCAGCCACACCACCAACAAGGUGCCGUUCAUCAUGGCCAACGCGCCGGAGGGCUGGAGCCUCAAGAAGGUCGGCGGAGUGCUGGGUGAUGUCGCGCCGACUGUUCUGGCGGCUAUGGGACUGAGCCAGCCCGAGGAGAUGACUGGUGAGAGCUUGCUGGUCAAGGCAUAA